AUGUUAUCGGACAGGCCUUUGAACAUUUUUGUUCUCAAUGGAAUCUUUAGGGCACGAUCUCCAAGACGUAUGGUUCAAAGAAGAGGACGAAAUCGGUAUAGAAUACACCGAAAUACCAAUGUUCAAUUCAUCAAUAAUGAAGACACAUUGAAUCGAAUAACAAACCUUCCUACGCAAAUUGCAAAUGAUCCAUAUAUAAAUGGAUUUUUCAACG